UCAGUUGAUUAAAGACGUGUAAAUAAAAAGAAUUGCUUUAAAUUGGUGAAGUGAUGAAAAUUAACUUAAUAUUACUUGCUAUUCUUUGUCAAUUUGCUAGUUGUACCAAUAUGAAUUCCGUGCCAUUUAUCCAUCAAUCAUGCCGAAAUAGUGUUUAUCCAAAGAGUAAUAUCAAUCGAUUCACUGUGCCAGAUCGUUUCGUUCGCUGGAGUGUUGAAUACCCUGAAUACACGCCAAUAUUCUAUGAGUCACCGAAAAUUCAUGGCAAACCUUAUGCUGAUCCAGCUAUCGAUGCUAUAAACUUCCACCCAAAAUGGAAUUCGAUUGAUGGAGAUGUUGAUCGCACUUCGUUCCAUGGUGAAUAUGAAAUUCGUAACAAAUACCCAUUGAAUGUGGCUGGCCGGACUGGAAUUAUCGGAAGAGGAUUGCUAGGGCGUUGGGGUGUAUCACAUGCAGCCGAUUGUAUUGUUACUAGGUGGAAACGAAAUGAUAAUGGAACAAUCGUGAAAGACACAUCGACAAAAAUGAACAUCUUGCAAUUGGUGGCGAUUCAGCAUCGAGACAGUUCAGUGUGGGCUUUUCCAGGCGGUUUCGUCGAUAAGAACGAAAAAGCCAUCGAUGCUGUGAAGAGAGAAUUUGUUGAAGAAGCAUUGAAUUCCAAAAAAGUGCCAGAAGUAGAUGCAUUUUUCAGUCAAAAUAGAACGAAAAUCUACACUGGUUACGUGGACGAUUCAAGAAACACAGAUAACGCUUGGAUUGAAACGACGGCAUAUAAUUUCCAUGAUUAUUCUGGUGAAAUAUUCAAAAACGUUCUGCUCGAGGCAGGAGAUGAUGCUGCAAAUGUUAAAUGGCUGGAUUUAGAUCGAUCGGUGGAUUUACAUGCCAGUCACAAGUAUAUUGUGAGUGAAGUUACCAAGCAUUUGGAUGCCCAUUGGUGAAAUUGACACACGAGAAAAAAAACAUUGCUAUGUAUAUCUACCAUAUGUAUUUUGUAACGCCAUAAUUUACUUUGUUAUGUGUGGAACUUCUUGAAAAAUGCGAUUCUCAUGUUAUAUUUUUUGAAAUACAAAUAAAUUAUUUUCUAA